UUAUGCUCUGUCUGUAAUUCUUGUCUGUUUAUUCAAGAGGGAGAGCCUUUGAAGAAGUUUUAGGGAGAGAAGGUGAAAUCAUGGGGAAGGCUUCCAGGUGGUUGAAGGGAUUGUUGGGGAUGAAGAAAGACAAGGACCGGAUCGACAUUUCUGGCUCAUUGGUUCCUGACAAGAAGGAGAAGAAACGAUGGAGUUUUGCUAAGUCAGGCAAAGAUUCCAAUUCGGGAACCAGUCAACCGCGUUUUCAACCUCCUGAUUCCACUUGGUUUGCAUCCUACAUGUCGGAAACAGAGAAAGAGCAGAACAAACACGCAAUUGCGGUGGCCGCUGCCACUGCCGCUGCAGCCGAUGCUGCUGUCGCCGCCGCUCAGGCUGCCGUUGCGGUGGUGAGGCUCACGAGCCAAGGCAGAGGAACUCUGUUUAGUGAGAGCAGAGAAAAAUGGGCGGCAGUCAAGAUUCAAACCGUUUUCAGGGGCUAUUUGGCGAGGAAGGCUCUGAGAGCUUUGAAAGGAUUGGUCAAGAUUCAAGCACUUGUUAGAGGCUAUCUUGUUCGAAAGCGAGCUGCUGCAACACUCCACAGCAUGCAAGCUCUGAUCAGAGCUCAGACUUCAGUUCGAUCAAAGCGUGCUCGUCGUUCCAUUAGCAGAGACAAUCGAAACCAGUCUGAAUUCCGAGCUAGAAGAUCAAUGGAUCGAUUUGAUGAAACAAGAAGUGAAAUCCACAGUAAGAGGCUAUCCACAUCCUAUGAACAGUCCUUCAAUGGGUAUGACGAGAGUCCGAAGAUUGUUGAGAUAGACACGUACAGGACGCAGUCGAGAUCUCGGAGAAUGCCAGCGACGACGACGCUAUCAGAAUGUGAAGAGGAAACACCGUAUCAAACGACGCCGUUUCCUGAUAGUAAGCAUCUUCAAGACUUCGAGUGGUGCUUCACCGGCGACGAAUGCAGGUUCUCCACAGCCCAGAGCACUCCCCGAUUCGCAAGCUGCAUGCGUGCUCACAACGCCCCCCCGACGCCGGCGAAGAGCUUCUGCGGCGAUACGCUUUGCCGUCCGUACUAUAAUUUCCCGAACUACAUGGCGAAUACGCAGUCGUUUAAGGCAAAACUGAGGUCGCACAGUGCCCCGAAGCAGAGGCCAGAACCGAAGAAGAGGCUUUCUCUGAAUGAAAUAAUGGCGGCAAGAAACAGCAUAAGCAGCGUCAGAAUGCAGAGAUCGUCCUGCUCUCAAGUUCAAGAAGAGUCAUGGAAUUUCUGAGCCCUUGGGAUUUUUCUCUCGCUCCUUUUUUUGUUUUUGUUUCUGUUAAUUACAAGUGUUAUAGUGCCUUAUAGAAUGGAUCAAAGAGUCUGCAUGCUUAUGUACAUUCUCUGGAAAGAGUUUUCUUUUACUUCCAGUAAACUCUCGUUUGCUUCUGAUUCAAAACAAAGAUCAAAUUGGUUUUCUAUUUGAA